AUGCCCGCCUACCACUCCGCCUACAACGACGCCGACGUCGGCGCCAUCGCGUCCAUGUCGCUGCUGCCCAUCCGCACCCGCGUGCGUGGGCCCGCGCCGCCGCUGGCCGAUGCCGACGCCAUGGACAUCGUCGACGAGGCCAUCGACCUCUUCCGCGCAAACUGCCUCUUCCGCAACUUUGAGAUCAAGGGCGGCGCCGAUCGCCUCCUCAUCUACCUGAUCCUCUUUAUUUCCGACUGCCUCUCGCGCAUCGCCGGUGCGCGCGUGCCCAUGUCGCAGAACGAGGCGUCGAAGCAGCUGCAGUCGUUGAGCGUCGACAACUUCUCGCUGCCCGGAGACGCCUCUUUCCCGCUCAACAACCUCUACCAGCCGCCUGCGAGCCGCGCUGAGGCCGAACACCUCCGCUCGUACCUCACGCAGCUGCGCACCGAGCUCGCUCAACGACUCGUGGAGAAGGUGUACAUCGACGGCAAGCCGAGCAAGUGGUGGCUCAGCUUCACGAAGCGGAGGUUUAUGGGCAAGAGCCUCUGAGGGCUCGGCGACGGCCGCCACGAGGGAGCGCGACGCGGUGGGAGCAGGCAGUAGGGCGGG